AUGUCAGAAGAUCUUGUCGUUGACCCGCGCGUCGCCGCUGCACUUGAUACUGUUCUCGACCGAGGGGAGACAGGAGUUGCUGUAGCUGCCUAUUAUCGCGGCAGACUCAUCGUGAACGCCACAGCAGGGUACGCGGACGUUGCAGAUAAGCGUGCCGCUGACUCCGAGACACUCUUUCCGGUCUUUUCAGUAACCAAGGGAAUAACUGCCUUGGCAGUACACAUUCAAGCCGAACGCAGCCUUCUGUCGGUCGAGGAUCCAAUUUCGAAGUACUGGCCCGAAUUCGCAGCCAAUGGCAAGGGUGAUACCACUAUUGAGCAGGCGCUCUCACAUCGCGCAGGUAUACCUCAGAUGCCGGCUGGUAUUACCCCUGAACUGAUGGCAGACUGGAAUUGGAUGGUGGAGCAAGUUGCCAACUUCACACCUGUCUACCCCCCAGGCACAGCAAAUGCCUAUCAUGUACUCGUUUGGGGCUGGAUUCUGGGCGAGGUUGUUCGGCGGACCGAUCCGAAAAGACGCCCAUUUGAUGUGUUUGUAAGGGAGGAAAUUUGCGAUCCGCUGGAGAUCCGAAAUCUCUUCUUGGGCGUUCCCGCGACCGAUUUGCCCAGGGUCGCUACACUGUAUGGUGGCAACGAGCCCUUUUUAUACGACAGAUAUCACACCAGCCCGAAGUCUGUGUUCCCUGGCUCCAAUGUGCAUAACCUAAAGGUUGUGCAGCAGUGUGUCGACCCCGGCGCAGGCGCAAUAGGCAAUGCAGCGUCCAUCGCUCGGAUCUUUGCUCUUUUAGCGGAGCACGGCGAGCUGGAAGGAGUACGUCUGCUUUCCCAGGAACGAGUGAAGGGUUUGACACGGGUCAGAGAAGGGUCAAAGGACCCUGACCGGCUUCUUCCAAUACCGGUGUGGUUCGGGGCGGCAGGAUUCUGGCUUGGGGGCGAGGAAGGCGUCUCUGAUCCAAUCGUGGGUGAUCAUCGCGAGAUCAUUUACAGCCCAGGCGCUGGCGGCUCCAUUGCCUGGGCUGACUUACGUGACCGGAUCGCGGUCAGCAUUUGUCACAACAAUAUGGAUGCCGGGGUUCUUGUUGACCCAGAGCCAAUUUGGGAGCCAAUAGGUCGUGCGAUCCGGGAAGUCAUCGCGGACCUAAAUAAAAGCUUCUAA